AUGGAAGAUGAAAGUGAUGGAUCGGAUCCAAAAUAUGUCCGUGAUUCCGCAAUAUUUGCCUUUGAGAACGAAGAAAUCAAUGACACUGAGGAAGCGGAAGAACUGACCUGUUCCGAAGCAGAUAACUUUAGAGCCAAAGAUACUUACUCUCCGAGCUCCAACGAUGAAGAAGAAGAAGAAGAAAAAAAGAACACAGUGCCAAAAAUAUUACUGCAUUUAUUAUUGCUAUUUGCAAUGGAAAACGAUAGUGCUAAUAGAAAUAUGAAGCAUUUGAUAGAAAUCUUUGAGGCUCGUAAAAAGUUGUCUGAAGAAGAGGAAGGUGCGGUCAAUACUGUUGUUAUUGAGGCUGAUCAAGGGAAACAGAGAAUGACUAAUAUUUUGCACGGUAGUGAAGUCGAGCAUACAGCGGCAGUUCAUAGUCCGGCUGCUGACCUCGAAUCUCUGAUAGAGCGUCUGGAGCGAGUGACUUCACGCUUGGAGCGCCUGCCAGUUUUGCGAGCUCACACGCCCACUCCGCCCUGCACUCCGGUACCAUCUGCCGCUACUGACAUAGCACCAGACUUUCAAACGGCAACAAUUAUAGAAACUGACAAUAUGAGCAUCAAUGGCUACCAGGAUCUGAUGCAGGGUCCCCUGCAAACGUACUUGGCAUUGUCGAAGCAGAUCGGCGGUGACAUCGCCACGCACGCUAACCUCGUCAACGAUGCCUUCCAAGAGCAGUUCCGCUACAUCCAAUUGGCGACAUCGCGAUCGAAGCCAUCUCAAGCGGAAGAGAUGCAGCUUCUCGCGCCUACUAGUGAAAAGAUCUCAUCGAUUCAACAAUACCGCGAAAAGAAUCGCGCCUCGCCGUUCUUCAACCACCUCUCCGCUAUAUCGGAGAGUAUUCCCGCCCUCGGUUGGGUGGCCGUGUCUCCUACACCGGCGCCUUACGUGAAGGAGAUGAACGACGCCGGCCAGUUUUACACGAACCGCGUGCUGAAGGAGUGGAAGGAGAAAGAUAAGACCCACGUCGACUGGUGCCGCGCUUGGGUUCAGCUAUUGUCCGACUUGCAAGCGUAUGUGAAGCAGUUCCAUACUACAGGAUUGGUAUGGUCUGGUAAAGGAAUCUCUUCAUCAGGUAAGAGCGCGGGUGUGCCGCCCCCUCCACCCCCCGGUGGUCUUCCUCCCCCACCACCACUGCCCGAGGUAGACUUCGCGAGUAUGCCAGCCGACGACCGCAGUGCACUCUUUGCAGAGAUCAACAAGGGAGAGGCCAUCACCAGCACUCUUCGUAAGGUGACGUCGGAUAUGCAGACGCAUAAAAACCCUCAAUUGCGGCAAGGACCGGCUCCGUUCAAGGCUGCAGCUCCGAAGGUUCCCACCAAAGCCCUGCCGACCCCAGGCGCCGGUGUACUGCCUGACAAGCCACCGGUCUUCUCGAGGGAUGGCAAGAAGUGGAUAAUUGAAUACCAAAAGGGUAACUCGAACCUAGUGGUCGAAAACGCGGAAAUGAACAACGUUGUGUACAUGUUCCGUUGCCGCGACUCUGCUCUCACUGUUCGCGGUAAGAUCAAUGGCGUGGUACUCGACUCGUGCACUAAGUGCGCCGUGGUCUUCGACAACCUGGUCUCCAGCGUCGAGUUCGUCAACUGUCAGUCGGUGCAGAUGCAGGUGCUUGGUAAGGUGCCGACGAUCUCGAUCGACAAGACGGACGGCUGCCAGAUCUAUCUCUCGCAGGAGUCCACGGACGUAGAGAUCGUGUCCUCCAAGUCUUCGGAGAUGAACGUGCUCGUGCCGAAGGGCAACGGUGACUAUACGGAGCACCCUAUUCCCGAACAGUUCAAAACGGUCCUGAACAAACCCUCCGGGCUCAUCACGACGCCCGUCGAGAACAAAGGCUAAACCGUUGGCCGCUGUACUGUUUGGUGCCGGGUACUCGCUGUACUUUAUUUUAUUCUCCAGAACACCGUAUAAUACCGUCUUAUCGGGCGAGUCUUUCAAUAUGCAACAUACUUACGUAUUACGUAUACUUUGCACGGAUUAAAUUUAUUCGUUCCUAUAUAUUCUUUUACCUUAUAAUUGAGGCGAUUCACCCACACUUCGACCGAAAUGCACAAAAUUUCUUCUUAUAUAAAAUAAUGUAAAGCCGAGUACACCCGGAGAACCCCGAUCAGUCUAAUUUAUAAUUCGUAAAUAAUUUGAUGCUCACUUUCUCAAUCCUAGACGUAUAUGACAUAAAUCAAAUAUGACGUAGAAAUAACUAUAAUUCGAGUAUUUACUGGCCUUUAUGUGAAUAUUAAGAUGUUCCUCGCUUAUUCGUGUUUUUAUAUUUGUUCAGUCAUCGGACAGCCGGAGUACUGCUUGGUACGGAACGUAGCGUUAGAUUAAUUAAGGAGUGUGAAUGUCUCGAUUUUGUAUUAGGUAUUUUGCAUUAUUAAUUCGACUAUUUGUAAUUGAAUAGUGAUUAUAAAACCCCGGAAUACGUCGGUCGUCGGAGCUUUCUCUAAGAUUACUUUCGAAGUAACUGUUGUAAUGACGAUUAAUUUUAUGUGAUCUUUCGAGAUAUUUUAUAAAAGGACAUCUGCUACAUUUUUUUAUUUGAUAAUAAUAUUGUAAUAAUUAAUAAUUGUAUUAAUGGAAGUAUUAUAAUAUGAAACCUUUGUUAAUCAGUAUCUGUGUUUCGUAAUUAUUGUGACUACUCUAAUAAGAAUUGUAAUUAUUUA